AUGUGGAUUCUAGAUUCGGAGGGUGACUUUCUGGGUGGCAAGCGCGUGUGGCUGCGACCGGGGAAGAAGUAUCUCUUCGGUCGGAUCAAGCAAGAUGGAGUCCGACAUGCUAUUGAUAACAAGUCCAUCUCCCGAAAGCAUAUGAUGAUCGAAGUUUCACCUGUCAAACCAGGCGAUGGAUCGCAUAUCUACACCAGAUCGAAAAUUGCCGUGCGCGACUUGGGCUCGAAAUAUGGCACCAAAGUAGAUGGUAAUACGGUGAAGGAUGAAAGUAAAGACCUGACUGGUGAGGAGCAUGAAAUUAAGUUGGGGAGAUACGAACAUGCGCUGCGGAUCCAGUGGCAGCCAGUCGUCCUUACCUUCUCCUUUUCCUCGAAAGAACUCAAAUCGAAAGAUCCCCUGGCACAAGUGCGCUCCCGUGUUGAGGAUUUGGAUAUCAAAACGAUUGUUCCGUACGUUGUCGACCACACUACCCACGUCGUCCAAAAGAAACGGAAUACUGCCAAAGGUCUGCAAGCAUUGGUGAAUGGAAAGUACAUCGUGCAGGACUCCUAUAUCGACGCCUUGGUUUAUGCGGCUACUCCGAGCGACCUAGAGAACCUUGAGUCGUUGUCCCCGUUGGAGGCCGAUUUCGACACUGCAUGGCCGGAUGCAAUGGCACACCUUCCCCCGCCUGGCAAGGAAACCGUACAGAGACCAAAGGAAGCAUUUGCUCCGAGACCCGAUAGAAUAAAUAUCUUCGAUGACUACACAUUUGUGUUCAUGGACCCUGCGCAGUUUGGAAACUUGCAGGAUGUUAUUACGAAUGGUCACGGGAAGGCUUUGCUUUACCAAGUGGAAGAAGGGGUCACCACGGCAGCAGAGAUCGUGCAAUAUAUGAGAAAUGCGGCUGGCGACAACGGUCUCGGGAGCCAACGGGAUGGCCCUGGCGGAGUGGUUCUUGUUCGAUACGUUGCGACUGGACGCCAUGAGAACUGGUGGGCCGAGCUGGGUAAUGAGGUUGCUUUGUCGACCGACCAGCGCGUUAUUCAACAGAGCGAGUUCCUGGACGCUAUUCUGGGAAAUGACGCUUCUGGCCUGUGCCGUUCUCUUCCCGAGGCCCAGGACAUGGAUGCAGAACCCACUCCACCAGCUGCUACCCCUGAUGUUCAAGAAGUCCAAAACUCACAGCCCCCGGCGGAAAGCCAGCCGUCAACGAAGAGGAAGCCACGAGUUCGAGGAUUUGUCAGUAAGAUGAAAACAUUCGAUGAUGGCUUCGAUAUCAACUCUAUCCCCGCUCAUGCUCCGGAGAGCGUUGAUGAUUCGCCGCCUUUGAUGGGAAUCGAGCCAUCGCCGGCACAACAAUCGCAACCGCAAAGCAGCCUCCACGAGGAGGAAGAAGGAGAAGAAGACAUGGUGUCAAGCCUACUGCCGGGUGCCCAAGCGAUGAAACGUCGACGCGCUCAGACGACGGCGAGGACCAAAGAAGAGCCCAGUUCUGAGACGAAAGACGAGGCCAUGCCGCGGGUGAAACGCCAGAAACUGGACGUACUGGAGGCCGCGCGACAGCACCGGGAGGCCGAAGAUGCGCAGCGCCAGCGUCAGGCGGAAGAAGCGUCGCUGCAAGGGCCUCUUGAGGAUGUCAAUGUGGAGAAGCUCAAGGGACUUGCAAUCGUAGAGGAGAUGGAAGUGAAGCCGAGACACGUGAGCGAAGGAGACCGACGGUGGGACGAUCGGUGGAAUGGACGCAAGAACUUCAAGAAGUUCCGCCGCAAGGGCGAACCUGGACAGCCCCGCUACCGCAUCCAGACGGUGAUAGUGCCACUAGAGGAAGUGACGCGAAAAGACUUUGGGAUUGGGGACCACUACUGGGUUAGUAAUCGCACGGAGCAGAGUCCAGCAGAGAGUCCAGCCGAACGGGCUGUCAGCCAGGACGCAGCGGCAUCCCGCUCACAGUCCUCGGCCCGGGUCGAGUCGGAGACACCAGCGCCCAGGGAGACCCGAAGUCAACCCCGGGUGCAAAAACGGAUGCGAGAAGAGCAAGAUUCGGAUAGCGAUGAUGGGCUUCGGUUCCGAUUCCGUCGCAGGCGAUGA